CUGCUGAAGUCAUAAAUAGACAGUGCCACGUGUAAAAUCUGUUAUUUUAACACUUAACGUGUUAUCGUUAACAUUUCAAGAAUUAUAUUAAUUUUCAAUCAUUCAAUUAACAGUUACUUUCUUUUAGUGAAUUUUCUUCCGUUUGUAGAUUCUUUAAUUCAAUAUGUCAACGAAUGAAGGUUUUGCUACUAAAGCCAUACAUGCUGGACAAGAUCCAUUACAAUGGAAUCAUUGUGCAAUAAUACCUCCUAUUUCAAUGUCCACUACUUAUCGUCAAGAUGGACCUGGAGAACAUAGAGGUUUUGAUUAUAGUAGAAGUGGCAAUCCUACAAGAAAAGUUUUGGAAACAUGUUUAGCUGCUUUGGACAAUGGGAAACACGGAUUUACUUUUGCAUCUGGUUUGGGUGCUACAACAGUAAUAUCUUCAUUAUUAAAAUCGGGAGAUCAUUUAGUAUCUUGUGAUGAUAUUUAUGGUGGAACUAACCGUUACUUUCAACAUUGUUUAGUUACAAACGAUGUUUCAAUAACUUUUAUUGAUAUGACAAAUCCAAAUAAUAUUAUAGAACACAUAAAACCAAAUACAAAGAUGGUUUGGUUAGAGACACCAACUAAUCCUUUACUCAAAUUAGUUGAUAUUAAGGCAGUUGCUGAAAUAUUGAGGCAUAAAAAUCCUGAAAUUAUUUUAGUAGUAGACAAUACCUUUUUAACAAGUUAUUAUCAGAAACCAUUGGAAUUAGGUGCAGAUAUUGUAGUAUAUUCUUUGACAAAAUACAUGAAUGGACAUUCAGAUGUUAUUAUGGGUGCAGCAAUUACAAAUAGGGAUGAUAUUGCAACAAGACUUCGAUUUUUACAAAAUGCUAUGGGCAUUGUUCCAUCACCUUUUGACUGUUUCUUGGUUAAUCGAAGUUUAAAAACUUUAGAAAUCAGAAUGCAAAAGCAUAUGAAGAAUGGAUUAGCAGUUGCAAAGUUUUUAGAAACUCAUCCUUGUGUAAAACAAGUAAUUCAUCCGUAUCUUCCAUCUCACCCGCAACAUGAACUUGCUCUCAAACAAACGUCUGGUUAUAGUGGAAUGAUUUCUGUCUAUAUUAAAGGAGAUAGUACAAAAUUUUUAAAGGCACUAAAAGUAUUUACAUUAGCUGAAUCACUUGGUGGUUUUGAAUCCCUUGCUGAAUUACCAUGUGUCAUGACUCACGCAUCAAUUUCUGAAGAAACUAGAAUAGCGUUAGGUAUUACCGAGCAAUUAGUUCGUUUGUCCAUUGGUCUUGAAACAGAACAAGAUCUCUUAGAUGAUCUUGAUCAAGCACUAAAAGCUAGUCUAUGAAUGUAUUAAUAUGAUAUACUCUUUUAAAUUGUAAUUUUGUAAUACAAUUAAGUUGCAAAAUUUGCAACUACUGUACAUAAUUGGUAAUAUCUCACUUCUGUGUACCAAAUUGGUCAAAAUGAAAUUUAUUAUCAUUUAAAUUUGGACAUUCCGCAUAAUAUUAAUACUGCCUCUUUUAUGCAUUUUAUA